AUGGCCACCGCAGAGAUCGUCAAGUUUGGCGAUGCUGUUCAACUCGAUGAAUUAGAUGCAAAUACAUAUAAAGUCAACUUCAAUCCCCAAUAUUGUAUAGGCAACGUCGUCAACGGAGGCUACAGUGCAUCCUGUAUGGCCUUUGCCGCUUCCAAAUUUUCUUCGAAACGUGGUCAGCCACAUCUAGUCACUUCGCAGCACAUCUUUCCCGACCGCUGCUCCGCCGGCCCGGCCGUGAUUGUCGUCGAAGAUGUCAAACAGGGCAAGAUGAUAUCCAACAUUCAGGUCAGCGUAUGGCAAGGCGCGCUCCUCGACUCGGCGCCCUGGUUCGACCGCGAAAAGUCUCGGCGUCCACUGCUCGCUUACAUGAUCUUUGCCAACUUUGACGACUUCGAUUCGUCCCUGACUCUGCCGACCGCGUACAAGACGCCUGCCGAGCUGAGCGGGACGUCGGUGCCCGACCCCGACUUUGACCGCCUCAGCCGGGACCAUGCCGACGACAACUGGACCCUCAGCGUCCCGCCCGGCGAUUGGAGCAAGGACGCCGCGAGCCUGCGCGCCAAGGCCAUGUACGUUCCCAAAAAGGGCAUUUUUACGCCGGGUGUCUUUGACAUGUGGGUGCGGCUCGAGACAGGCGAGAAGCUCACUCAGCAAUCGCUGCCCUUUGUCGCCGACUUGCUACCCUACGAAAUGGAUCGCUACCUCUUUGCGCCCGAGGUCAAGGAGAUGGUAGAGCAGCUUCAGAACCAGGACAAGGCCGAGACGCCCAAGAAGGACAAGGCAGCCCAAAAGGGCAAGUCGCAGCCGUAUUGGUUUGCCACGCUGGCGCUGAACCUGGAGACUAAAGAGCUUUUGCCGGAAGAGGGUGUUGAGUGGCUGCAUGUGCGCCUACUGGCCAAAGCCCUGUCGGGAGGGAAAUUUGACCAGGCAAUCGAGAUUAGAGAUGCAUCGGGGGAUCCAAUCAUGCUUGGGCACAGCGUUUCGAUCGCGCUCAAGUUUGAGCGCAACACGACAGGUCGCACCAAGUCCGCCCUUUAG